AUCAAUUAAUCAUAAGCGAUGAAAGGAUAACAAUUAAAAAAAAAAACUUAUACUUAAAGAAAAUAAAUAAUACGUAGAGGUACUGAAAUUGUAUUCAUCCAUUCUUCACAACAUUUAUUAUUACAUACGGUUUAUUUGGGCGAUGUACGGUGCCGAACAUAUUCUAUGCCAUCCGAGGCACAUGCACAAAUCAAAUGGCUAUUAAAGAAACACACGGACACAGACAAAAGUUUGUGGAAGAAAUUGAUUACGAUGAAAUUGAAAAGCUUGAAAUUGUUGGCAAAGGGUCAUUUGGUGUUGUUUACCGUGGACGGUGGCGUAAUAACUAUGUGGCUGUCAAACACAUUGACACCGAAGCUGAGCGUAAAGCAUUUACAGUCGAAGUUCGACAGUUGUCUCGAGUCAACCACCCCAAUAUUGUUAAAUUAUAUGGUGCAUGUACAUCAAAUCCUGUUUGUUUAGUAAUGGAAUUUGCGGAAGGCGGAUCAUUAUACAACGUAUUACAUUGUAAACCUGAGCCUCAAUACAACUUGGGACAUGCUGUUAGCUGGACAUUACAAUGUGCAGAAGGUGUAGCAUAUCUUCAUAAUAUGAAACCUAAACCAUUAAUUCAUCGUGAUUUGAAACCACCAAAUUUACUAUUAGUGAAUGAAGGAAAAACAUUAAAAAUAUGUGAUUUUGGGACUGCUUGUGACAAAAAAACAUAUAUGACUAAUAAUAAAGGUAGUGCAGCUUGGAUGGCACCUGAAGUAUUUGAAGGUUCAAAUUAUACAGAAAAAUGUGAUAUAUAUAGUUGGGGUAUUAUUUUAUGGCAAGUUUUAACAAGACUGAAACCAUUUAAUGAAAUUGGAGGAUCUGCUUAUGGAAUUAUGUGGGCUGUACAUAAAGGAACUAGACCACCAUUAUUUGAACAAUGCCCUCGACCGUUUCAGGAAUUAAUUACUGAGUGUUGGGAUCAAAAUCCAAAUGUUAGGCCAUCAAUAGAUCAUGUCGUUCAGGUGAUGAGGAUUUUAAUACAAUUUUGUUCAGGACAUGACCAACCAUUAAUAUAUCCCAAUUAUUGUUAUACUAUAAGUAGUGAAUUUGAAGAAGACUGUACUUCUGAAGAUUCUUGCCCAGACAUUUCUGACUCUUAUAUUGAAAGCUUAAGAAGUCAUAAAGGAAUUAAUGGAAUGUUGACAAAUGAUAGUUUAAAAUCUAAUCCAAAUUUAUCAAUACCAUUAAAUGUUAAUGUAGAUAACAAGUUUGAUCAAUAUGAAGACUUAAAAAUAUUGACCAUGCCCGGUUUUGACAAAGUGGGUGCUUAUCAAACUGUUGACUCAACUGACAAAGAUGAAUCAAAUUCGCAGUGUCAAAGUCCACUUGAUGACACUAAUGAUGUAAAAGAUGUUUCUGGAACACAUCCUGAACUGGAUAAUUUGUACCUGAUGCUAGACCAACAAUUGCAUCCAAUACCUCCAGAUAACACUUGUCCUCAAUCAGUUCAAAUAUUCGAAGAACAUAAGCAGUUGGCUCAAGAGUAUUUAAAAGUACAAACAGAAAGAGCAUAUUUAUCAAGACAUAUGGAGCAGUUGGCAGAGCGAUUAAGUCGAGAAGAAAUCUUGUGUGACGAAGAAGUAGAUGAAGAUGACGAAGAAAUUAAAAAGCUCAGAAAUGAAAAAGAAAAUUUAACACAAUUAAGUCAAAACCUUAAAAAACAACUAGAAAUGAUACAAGAAAAAAAUAGUAACCACUCAAAUGAAAAUAAGCCAUCGUCAUAGUGAUUAUGAAUUGUUUCGUAUUUGACUAAGCAAUUUAAAGUAAAUAUACUUUGCAUCAUAGUACAGUACUUUAGGUAACAACAGUCAAUAGACUUAUUGAUUGUUAAAUUUUUAAAUAUGGGAGCUGGCAGUAUGAGCAAUUAAUUCUCCAGUAUUUUCAUAAUUUAGUUGUAUCACUAUAUUUAUGUUUUGUUUUGUUUCUUUCUUUUUUUUUUUUUUUUUUUGUUACCUUCAAGGCUAUAGUAAUUGUGAACCAAUAAUAUUUACUUACUUAUAAAUGUCUUCUAUACAUAUAAAGUCUAAUUUUAAUAGUCGUGUAAUUUAUUUAUG